AGUAGGUGACGUCAGUUCCCCCGUUCGCAGUGAGCGAAACAAACAUGGCGAUAGAUUCGAGUGGAUGGGGCUUUACAAUAACUUUAUUCGUGUUUUGUUGUGUUUUUGCGGAAACGCAUGCCCAGGCGGCGGUUUCGGAGUCGAGAGGAGUCACUCGGAUACUCGGCAUGAGGUUGGAGAAGAGCGUCACACCGGCCGGGACUACGGAGAAAGGGGUUAUUCAGGUGACCGAGGGCAGCGACAUCCUCUUCAGGUUCUACGGGCUCCACUUGUUCCCUAACAGCUCGGCGCUCCUCAGCUUCGCGGAACUGUACUCUAGUGACAAAGAGGACGAUAAGUUUGGCUCCGUCGAGGUCCCUCUUAACAGGACUUGUCCCGAACACACGAAGGAUAUAGUAAUCAAUGGGGUCAUGGAGGUAAGCAACAAAAACACCGCCGGGAUUGUCAGCCUCAAAAUCAAGCAGCUCCGCAAGAGCGAGGUGGUAAAGGUGUUCGGCUUGUGCGUCCGCGACACUCAGGAGUUGGAGGAGACGUGGCACCUCCUGGACGAGAAGGACGGCAGACUGCGGGUGGUGGAAGUGAAGAAGUCCUUGCUGCCCAUCUGGCUGCAAGUGAUCAUCAUCUCCUUCCUGCUGGUGCUGUCCGGUAUGUUCAGCGGUCUCAACCUGGGGCUGAUGGCGCUGGACCCAAUGGAGCUGCGCAUCGUCCAAAGCUGUGGCACCGAGAAGGAGAAGAAAUACGCCCGGAAGAUCGAGCCCAUCCGUAGGAAGGGUAAUUACCUACUGUGUUCACUGCUCCUCGGUAACGUCCUGGUCAACACCACCCUCACCAUCCUCCUGGACGACCUCACAAACUCUGGUAUUGGCGCUGUGGUCGCUUCCACCAUCGGCAUCGUUAUUUUUGGCGAGAUCGUCCCUCAGGCGCUGUGCUCUCGACAUGGAUUGGCAGUCGGUGCAAACACCAUCAUGGUCACCAAACUGUUCAUGCUGCUAACCUUUCCUCUGUCAUGGCCCAUCAGUAAGCUCCUUGACUGUGUCCUUGGGCAGGAGAUCGGCACCGUGUACAACCGAGAGAAGCUGGUGGAGAUGCUAAAAGUCACCGAGCCUUACAAUGACCUGGUGAAAGAGGAGCUCAACAUGAUCCAAGGCGCGCUGGAGCUCAGGACCAAAACUGUGGAGGACGUCAUGACGCCGAUCAACGACUGUUUCAUGAUCCACAGCGACGCAGUGUUGGACUUUAACACCAUGUCUGAGAUCAUGGAGAGCGGCUACACGAGGAUUCCUGUGUACGAUGACGAGCGCUCCAACAUCGUCGACAUCCUGUAUGUCAAGGACCUGGCUUUCGUGGACCCGGACGACUGCACCACCCUGAAGACCAUCACCAAGUUCUACAAUCAUCCGGUGCACUUCGUCUUCCACGACACCAAACUGGACUCCAUGUUGGAGGAGUUCAAGAAAGGAAAAUCUCACCUGGCCAUUGUGCAGAAGGUGAACAACGAGGGAGAAGGAGAUCCUUUCUACGAAGUAGUAGGGUUGGUCACCCUUGAAGAUGUGAUCGAGGAGAUCAUUAAAUCAGAGAUUCUGGAUGAAUCGGACCUUUACACUGAUAACCGCACAAGGAAAAAGGUGGCGCCAAAUAAAAAUAAGAGAGACUUCUCAGCGUUCAAGCACGAUAGUGAAUCAAAAGUUAAGGUCUCUCCUCAGCUGCUACUUGCUGCUCAUCGCUUCCUUGCUACAGAGGUGAGCUUGUUCAGUACGUCUCAGAUCUCAGAAAAGGUGCUGCUGCGGAUACUGCGCCAUCCCGACGUGAUCCAGGAGAUCAAGUACAACGAUUGUGACAAGCGCUCACCCCAUCACUACGUCUACCAGAAGGGAAAGUCGGUCGACUACUUUGUUCUCAUCUUGCAGGGUCGAGUAGAAGUGGAGGCAGGUAAUGAGAGCAUGAAGUUUGAGACGGGGCCUUUCUCUUUCUACGGUGUCAUGGCACUCAGCGCUCCCACAUUGGUGGCUGCAUCUCGUCCUCGCCACCUCUCCUUUAAGAGGUUUUCUCUGUUCUCUCGGUUGCCAGGUAAAACAGUUUCCUAUGACUCACUGAGGCCCCCUGCUGGAAGACUCACGCCUACUGCAGAGUUCCGUUCGCCGUCACACCUCAGCGGACUGAACAGAACCGCGUCUCUGAGCGGAGCCGACCGGACAGAGUCUCUCGCCAUCAGUGGCAGCAACACCCAGCUCAACAACAGCUUCUCCUUGCAGCAGUACACGCCCGACUUCUACGUCCGAGCUCUCACUGACCUGCAGUUUGUCAAGAUCACGCGGACUCAGUACCAGAACGGCCUGAUGACGUCCCGUCUGGACAGCUCGCCUCAGUCGCCAGAGAGCGGCUUCAACACAUCCCGUCAGGAUCAGACUGCUCCACUUGCCACCACCAACACCAACACCGACACCACCACCAACACCUCCAUCACGGACCUGAGUGCGGACACCACUGCGAUGGAGAACGGGCCCGACGAGACGACGCUUCUCCUUCUCAACGAGCAGAACUCACCGCACACAGCCAAUCACCACAGCCAGCUGGAGAACAGCGUUUGACGCAUACUUCUCCUUACUGCUACCUUUGCACGCAUGCACUACUACGCUCACAUAUAUGCUGGGGAGGGGAGGAGUGUGUGUGUCUGUGUGUGUGUGUGUGUGUGUGUGUGUUUGUGUGUGUGUGAAUGGAAAUGCAGACAGGCCCAAUGAAAAAAAAAAGCCAUGUGCAUGCAUAUUGUGUAAAUAUGCAAGAGUUUAAACACAGCAGAAAUACACACAUACAUACCAAAGUGUAUCAUGAGAAAUUCCCUCAUCCACUUUUUCAUCAUUUAUAGACUCACUGUACCCAAAACCCAUAUAGCUCGUCAUAAGCAAAGAAUGUCUGCAUUUGUGUGUGUGUGCGUGUGUGUGUGUGCGUGCAUGUGUGUGAGCUCCUUAUGUAAUAGUUGACGACAGAGAUCUGAAGGACCUGCUUGUCUGGACCAGAAAGCUCCUCCCUCUCUUGACCGUCAGAAUAAUCACAGUUCAGAGGCCUCGCCAAUUUUUUGACUUUCUUCAUGUCUGUAUGUGUACGUGCAUGUGUGUGCGUGUGUGUGCGUGUGUGUGCGUGUGUGUGUGUGCGUGUGUGUGCGCGUGUCCAUUUCACCUUCCUUAAUCAGAGACUCAGGGAGACUUCCCGCCCCACCGCCCCCCAGUACAGACAUGCAAGCGCAGUGGAACGCCGCAAACCAACCAACCAACCAACCCACCGCUGCAUGUGUAGCAACCUCCAUCACCUCCACGCCACCCCAUACAGCUAGAAGACAAAGAUCACCCCAGCAGUGGAGUUCAAACAAAGUAAUAUAUGUUCCAUAGAAUUUAUAGUAAUAUAUAUUUAUUGUUAAAACAUGUUUUGAGACACAAGAGACUCCUCUAUUGACGCUUCUUUUUUUUUUUUUCUUUUUUUUUUUGGUUUGAGCAGCACCGGGAGGGUUUGGGUAGAUUACUAUAUACAUAUUUUUACACAUUAAGAGAUUGUGCACCCCGAGAGAAAAGUCCCAGUUUGUGAUUCAGACAAUCAGUAAGAUUCUGAAGAAUGUUAAAGGAAGUGUGUAGCGGACGUGAAUUGUGGCACUUCAGUGCUCCUCUGACUCCGUGACAGAUGUGAAAAGAUGUGACGGGCACCACGGGAAUGUGUCUUCACUGAGGUACUGAGAUUGUCCCUGUGUGUGCGUGUGUGUGUGUGCGUGCGUGCAUUUAUGUGUUUGUUUGUUUGUGACCAAAAAGGCCAUCACCAGACUUGGUGGUAACAGAAACCAAAAGAGGGAAGCUUGAACACCUCCUGACUAGUAAAUACUAUAAGAAAUCUCAGAUUUUUAUUUAUUUAGUUAAACGUGUGUACAUAUUUGUCAAUGAGCGGGGCAGGAAAUCCAAUUUUUAUUGUGCCUCAUAUGUUUCGUGUUUUGGGCUUUAAUCAGAUCCAGGGGGAAGGAGGGUGGAUUUCACUAACGUUUUGUUUCUGUCGUCAAACACACCACUCUGCCCUGGCAUCAAGCAAAGUUCAUUCAUCUGAUCGGGAAUAUUGUUAAUGUAUGUUUUACAGUUAUCACACACUCCACUUUUAUUGUACAUUCUAUAUGAGACUUUAAAAGGUUGAAAUCAUUUUGUGAUUAACACAGCAGGUUUUAUUUUUGAUGUUUUUUUUUGAUAUUUGUAGUGAUUUACCACAUAAAAAAAAAAUCAUACAUCAAGGUUUUCUUUUUGUUUGUUUGUUUUUAAAAUCAAAGAGAAACCGCUGCAUUACUGUCUUGUUUUACAUAAUUGUUUUUCUCUCAAAUUUGCUGAUCUGCACUUUUUCCCCCACAACAAAAAACUCUCACCUGCUUUCUAAAUGUGGUUGAAGGGGAUUCUGGGAUAUGUCGGACAAAUCAUCACAACUUUAAAAUGUAUGGUUUUCGUAGAGAUCAAUAGGAUUGAGAUUCUUAUAAGUUGAUCUUUCUUCUGUCUAAGGAAAAGCUGAAGUUCUGUGAACAUGAAACUACCUAAUCCACCUAAGACAUUGUCCUUUGUUCCACUCCUCUCUCCUUAUCUCUCCCCUCCACUAUUACCCGUUCUUUAACCAAAGUAGCACUCCUCCUGUCCUCGUGCGGGAACUUGUCGAGCACAUCAGAUUUUUUUUGAAUGACACUAAGCUUUUAAUGCCAAUUAAACGCUAAUUUAAUUCUAAUUUAAUUUGAAUUUGUUGGCAUAACUUGUUAUGUCUGACAUUUGAAUCAUUAUUGCCUUGUGUGGUUUUCAUUCUCAGGAAAGCUUAAAUGCCACAAGUGUUUUGUUAAAGACCAAGAAAAACUUUACUGUAUUUUCGAGGGAGUGCAUAUUUUGUGGAUGCCACGCGUGUAAAAUGUUCAAACCCCCCCCCCCCUUUUUUUUGUUUGUUUUAGCUGAAGCUGUCUUCUCUUUUCAAAUGAGUGAUUUUUUGGAAGGAGGAAGCUGUUGUUUUGAAGCAGUCAGGGGAGAGUAGAUGCAGUAUCUUUAUUUUAUCCUGGUAAACACACACACACACACAUGCACACACUCACAGUGGUGAUAACUGAAGAGCAGUUGAGACAUUUCUCUGACGUGUUGUGCGUUGAUGCAUCAUUAAAUCGAAGCUGCGAUGCGAUGUUUUCUUUGCCAGUGUUGUGUCUGCGAGAUGCAAUUGUUUUUUGCCAUGAUGCUCUGUGGUGGUGGAACACAGCUGUGCCUCACACUGCCUUAAACACACUCUUCUGUUCAGCUGAGGUGAACCUUUUUUUGCACAGUGUUACGGUUCACGUGGAAAAACACUCAUAACAACACAGAUUGGAUGCCGGUGUUGAGUUUCAUGACACUAAAACGGCAGCUUACGGGAUUUUUAGUAACGCAAUCUGCUCGGAUAGAAAAAGCCUCAGUGGGUGAACACGACAAGAGCAAAAACCUGCCCCCUUUGAUGGUUUGGUGGUUUUAGGUUUGAGAUUGAUCGACCUGAAAAUGUUUGUUUUCAUGGCGACUGUUUGGGUGAGUGUGUAAAAAUUCAAAAAAAAUGCUAAUGGUUAACCACAUUUAUGACCUUAACACUCCCAUCAUUUUCUGACACUUGAGGGACCAAACCGAGUAUUUGACAAGCAUUCAACAGACAUUACUAAUCCUUUUUUUUGCAGCCAAUUUAAAAAGAAUUUAAUUCCAUUUAAAAGAAAGUCCAACAGUUUGAGGUGGACAACUGGAAAUACCAGACAACGCUACUUUAUUUUGAAAGUCUAGUUUGCGUCACCCACUGACGUUGAAGACCUCUGAGUGAAACUUUACAAAUGAAUAUUUGUCUUCAAGAAAACCUGUGGUUCCCUGUGGUGGGAAACUUAGUAAACAAUACAUCCCACACUCUGAUGCAGUAAUGAACAGAAGCACUUCAGUGAGCACAGCUGUGAUUUUCCCGAAGGCUGCAAAUUUGCCAAAGUUUUCAGAUGAGAAACAGACGAGAUGUCACAACGAUGUGACUGACCAGGAUUUCAUAACCAUUUCUUAACAUGACUCUGCGUUUAUUGUAUUGACACCGUCAGAGAGAGACAACUCUCUGAUUGUUGUCUUUGCCUUCAUCUUUUCAUUAUUUUAACGUUCAUCCCUGGAAACGAACACACACGCUCCCGUUUUGGGGAAAACACUUUUUUUUUGUUUAUUUUUCUGAUUUUUAUGGCUGAGAUUGUUGUUCAUGUCAUGCGUGGGAGCCCCAGCCCCCUCUACGUUCUUCAAAUUUGACUGGUUUUAGGUUCAGUUUAUGUGUGAGAGAGUACCUGGAAAUCAAGUCUGGUUAAAUAUUUUGUUGCUAUUUUGUACCUCAGAAACACUGUCAGUAAUUGUGCUAAACAACUUCUUUUUUUUUUUGUCAUCUUCAUUGUUAUUAUUAUUAUUAUUAUUAUUGUUAGUAAUAAAUUGAAUUUGGGAGAACAGUGAGUAAAGUGACAGACAUUCAGAGGGGAAAUAUGCUGAUUGUCCUUCAUUUUCUCUGGCAUGCUUUUAACUUUUAAAAACAACAGAGUAACAACUGUGUAAAUACUGUUUUAUAAUUUCUGUCUGAAUGAGUUUUUGAAAGUUAUUAAUAAACAUGAGACGUGUUUCUCUAUGGACCUUUGUGAUUUUCA